AUGAGCAAAGACGACCGCAGUCCCGAAGUGUUCGCUGUGGCUGCACUGUUCUUUGUGCUCACAUGGACGACUGUUCUCCUACGGAUCUACGUACGCGCGGUAUUGAUGAAGACAUGGGGAAAAGAUGACUCGUACAUGGUUGCGGCACUAUUCUGGUAUCUGUGCGAGCUGUUCUACGUGAUAGCGAACUGUCUGCUCAAGUUUGCCAUCGGUUACUUCUACCUGCGGGUCGCAAUCGAGCGCUGGCACAUCUGGGCCAUCCGGAUACUCAUGCUAGGCACUGUACUAUGCGGUCUUGUCUACUUCUUUCUAGUCUUGCUUCAAUGCAUUCCCAUUUCGGACUUUUGGAACGUGCACCCAGCCUCAGACAGAUGCAUACACAACGGCCCAACUCUGGGGAUUACUUAUGCCCUCGCCGCCAUCAACGCAAUGGCUGAUUGGGCAUUUGGUUUGUUGCCUUUCUUCAUUGUAUGGGGCUUGGAGAUGAGGACUAAGACAAAGCUAUUGGUCGCCGGUAUCCUCGCAUUCGCAGCGAUUGGAAGCACCGGUACUGCCAUUCGUAUGGCAUACAUUCACACUCUCGUUCAAGGUCCCGAUUUCUUGUAUGCCACCACUGACGUCGCCUUGUGGAGCACUAUCGAACCUGGCAUCGGCAUUACCGCAGGAAGUAUCGCGACACUCCGUCCGCUCGUUCGUCACUGUCUAUGGAAGAUGGGUCUGGCCGACGCACCUCGCGAAGAACGAGGCCGCAACUACUAUCCUUCACAAGAAGGUGGUCGCUUACGAAAAAAUCGCCGCGGAUAUCGCCGUAGCCUGAGCCCUUCCGAUCUGGUGCCUACGAUACCUGGCAACAUGACGACCAUACAGAUUCAUGGACCUCACGACAUAGACCUGGAAGAAAACCUGUCCCCGCCGAAAAUUGUCGUCACAGAUGAAGAUGUCCCGGUAACUCCAGAGGGGCAGAUUAUACACACUGUCACGGUUCAGCAGCAAUAUGAGGGCCCUGCGAAGCUUCCUGAGGCACCGCCGAGGCUUCAACUGCGCGAUAGCUUGAGACAUAGUUUCACUCGCGGGAGUAUUCUGAGCCCUGUAUUCCGAGUGCCCGAGUGA